AAUUCUCGUAUAAAGAGGAAGGCAAAGAGUAUUUAGUUAGAUUGAUUGACUUUUCUCUUUUCUUUUUACCCCGAACCUCGGAGCAUAGAAUAAGGGUACAGAAUAGAGGGGAUGAAUUGAAGUAACUCUAGGAAAAGAAAGUCAAACACCUGCUACUAACAACAAAAAAUCUAAGGAAGAGUGGAAGACCCUUUCUCCCUCGAUUCGCUCGAAUCGCUCCUGGCUGUCGCUGCCCCAUUGCCAUUAACGUUGAAUUGGAUUUUGGAUCUGCUAAGUGCUAAGUGCUAACUAACGUUAUUUUUUGACAAAGAAAAAAAAAAAAAGUCAUAGUACUAACAUUUUUUGACUUUGACCUGGACUCCACGCGCAGCCGACCACCAUCGUAUUCCUAAUCUCCCACUAAAUCACUCCUUAUCUGCCACGCGUCUCAGGUCCCACCAUCAUAAAACAAGUACUAGUCUACUAACCAAAACCAGAUAAAAUACAACCAAAAAAAGAAAACGAAAACGAAAACGAAAACAAACAGCAGCAUCGGAGAAAACAACACAUAAUCUUUUCUAUUUUUUAUUUUUAGCUGUAUUAGUUAGUGAUGGUACUUAUAAAAGAAAAAAAAAAUAGCAUUCCUCCUCGUUAUGUGGUGUUGUUUCCUGGAAAAUAAACAUUCCCUCCUCCACGUCCGCAUCUCCUCCUCCUCCUCCUCGUCUGCUAUCUCUCUCUUUUCUCUCUGUUAAAUUCGACCCAACAUGCCAUUCUGCGAGGUCAGCUCGUUCCAGAACGGUUCAGAAGCUGCCCCUGGGGAUAAUGGAAUUAAGAUUUUCUACAGAACUUACGGGCGAGGUCCAACUAAAGUCCUCAUGAUCAUCGGAUUGGCGGGGACUCACACUUCAUGGGAACGGCAAAUCAGGACGCUCGCCGGUACCUUGACGCCCAAUGAUGAGGAAUCGCCGGCCGGCGAUCAAACCCCUAUCGCUAGUCACAAUGAGAGCCUUGGAGUGGAGGUUUGUGCCUUUGAUAAUCGUGGAAUGGGUCGCAGCUCCGUGCCCACCAAAAAGUCAGCUUACACAACGACUCUUAUGGCAAAAGAUGCGGUCGCUAUAAUGGAUUUUUUGGGUUGGGAAAAGGCCCAUGUAUUUGGACAUUCAAUGGGAGGUAUGAUUGCUUGCAAAAUGGCUGCUAUGGUCCCUGGCAGGGUAUUAUCACUGGCUUUACUAAAUGUGACGGGUGGAGGUUAUGAAUGCAUUCCAAAGCUAGAUCGUCAAACCUUGUCAAUUGCAAUCCGGUUUUUGAGGGCAAAAACUCCUCAGCAGAGGGCAGCUGUUGAUUUGGACACUCACUACUCAAAGGAAUAUCUUGAAGAGUAUGUUGGCACGCAAACCAGAAGAGCAAUUCUAUAUCAAGAAUAUGUUAAAGGUAUAUCAUCUACUGGCAUGCAGACCAAUUAUGGAUUUGAAGGUCAAAUAAAUGCAUGCUGGACGCAUAAGCUGAUGCUAGCAGAGUUUGAAGCAAUCCGUGCAGCUGGAUUCCUAGUAUCAGUUAUCCAUGGAAGACAUGAUGUCAUUGCUCAAUUAUGCCAUGCAAAGAGGAUUGCUGAGAAAUUGUAUCCUUCUGCCCGAAUGGUAGAACUUCAUGGGGGACAUCUUGUCAGUCAUGAGAGGACUGAAGAGUUGAACCGCUCCACCCAUGAUUGAACCGGUGACCCGAUCACCUCUCCGGGUUGAGCUCCUUGCUGGGUUUAAUAAUUGUGCUAUCAGCUACAAAACUUGUAUGAUUGUCUUAUAAUUUGGAAUUAAAAUGUCACAAGGCUGAGUUACAAUGUUCUCUGUGUGUGUGUCAAAAUAAUGAUGAGGCACUGUGAAGCAGCUAGAAAUUGUUUCAAAAUUCCAUUCUCAUGCAGAACUUUGAUUGUAUGAAGUGCUGGUUACAGGCUUAGUUUCUUGUUUCACUUUUGAGAUUGUGAGUAGAAAACCAUGCUUCCACGGAA